AGUAUUGCGCAUGCGCAGAUAUAAAUUCUUCAACAUGGUUGUUACAUGACGGUUUCAUUCGCUAUAAAUUGGAUAAAUUCAGUGUGAACUUGGCAGAAGAAGACAAACACGGUGGUACAAUGGCAGAAGAAGAGCAGGAGACCAAGACAAAGGGUUUCCGGCUGCUGGGGAUUCUGGAUGUCCAGAAAACUCCCUGUGCCAGAGACGCCGUCCUGCAUGGAGCUGGGGGGUCACUAGCUGUUGGCCUGCUACACUUUCUGGCCACUAGUCGGGUGAGGAGGUCUUUUGACGUGGGAUUUGCGGGCUUUAUGCUGACCACACUCGGGUCCUGGUUUUACUGCCGGAUGAACAACGCUAAGCUUCGUUUGCAGCAGAGGAUGAUCCAGGACGGCAUCAAGAACAAGGUUGUGUAUGAGGGCACCGUUCUAGACCCAACAAACAAACCUGGAGCACCUGGGCCCUCCUGACGCUGAUGGGCGCAAAGAGAGGGCGCGGUCAGGGUCCUACAAAGACUUUUUUACAAAAGAUUGUUUUUUUUGUUUUUUUUGUGUGUUGGCGCUGUUUUGUUUUGUCUGACAACGUAGGAUACAGCAAAUCCAAAGCAUUGGGUCUCAUAUUCCAGACCCCUGCAUGUGGACUCUUUGAUCCUAGAUGGUAUCCUGAUCCUGAAACAACAACAAAAUGUGGUUAUUUUUAAUGUUGUUCCACCAAGCUACUGGACAGGUUAAAUUCUCACUCUCCUUUUAACUAUGUGGUGCAUGACGUGCUGUGAUCUCUGAAAGUUUGUUCCGGACACAGAUCAACCUCUACAUAGUGACACGCAACCAAGUUCGGGACGUUGCGGUUGUGCAGUAGAGAUCUCUGGUUACUUCCGGUUUAGUGCUCCGCUAACUUGAAUUGGGAUGAAAUGAUUAUUAAGAGUAAUAUAAAUAUGUGCAGUGUAUUGGCAGUUACCUUUUAUAAGAGCAGAAUAAAUAUGGCUGUGUAAUAUGAACAAUAUGUUAACAACAUAUACAGAUAUGUGCAAUGUAGUGGUAU